AUGGCUCAGCAGGAAGAAGGUUGGCCUCUGGGCUUGCAUCCCCUGAAUGUGAGAGUUGGGACAGCUAGAAAUGGUGAUUUUUCUGGAUCAAUAUCAUUUAACACUUUACUCACUGGUUCUCCAACCUCGUUAACAGAUUCCUCGUCAGAUUUAGACACUGAGUCUACAGGGUCUUUCUUCCAUGACAAGAGCAUUACACUGGGGAGCCUUAUAGGUGUUUCUAACAUACUAGAGCACUCUAGAAAAUCAACAAGGGCAAGGAAAGUUGAAGUAGUAGAAGACAAGAAGAGCUGCAAAUCCAAAACAUGGAUUUUCUCUUUAUGUUCAAGAGACACUACUGAUGCCCAAAUUGUGAACAAUACUCCAUCUCUUGGCCAUUUUCUUGCUGUGGAGAGAGCAGCUAAUGAAUGUAGAAGGAAUCGCGGCCCAAUUAUUUAUGGACCUCAUGAUGAGCUGGAACUUGCUCAGCCUGUUACAGAACCCAACUCACUAUUUGUUAAUGGCCAUGUUGCUCCUCCUAGACUAAAUCAAAGCAGCGGUGCCGGAGCUGAAAGGAGAGGAAAUGAAGAAUCAGAGCACUGUGGUGAAUAUGCAGUACCAGUUCUAUUUUCAUGCAUGUGUGGACAGCCCUCUCUCUGA